AUGGAGUCGCACGUCCUAAAUUAUCACCACGCGCGCUUGCGUCCUAUUGGAUACAAGACUCUUCGUGUGAAGACUAAUUCUCUGUCAUCAGAGAGCAGCUGUAAUCAAAAUAGUCCUGAAUAUCCUCAGAUCAGUGUAUCAGGAAAACAACACUCUGGCAGCACUAGCGAUUGGUACAUUAGAAAUCAAGCAAUCGCAUCUCAAUCUUGCCAAGAUACCAGUUCAGAAAAUGACAGUACCGAUGAAGAAGAUGAUAUGGAAGAGUCAGAAGUGAACAAAGUACACAGUUUUGAUACUGAAGAUAACACGGAUGACUCAGAAGUAAACAAAGUACACAGUUUCGAUGUAGAUGAUAAUAUAGAAGAGAGAGAGAAUAUAGAGGUAUGCGACGUUUAUGUCGAAGAUGAAGGCGAUGAAGAAAUCGAAACUCAUCACAACGACAUAAUGGAUAACAUGUACCUCAAUAGGUCUAACAGUAUAGAUGACCAUUCUUUAGUGGAAGGACACGAUUACGAGGUUAUCGCUGUGUAUACAGUUAACCCUAAUUUAGCAUUACUCGAGCCAUCUUCAGAAGACGAUGGAGAAGAAUAUGUUAAUGAAAAAGAUUCUUCAAUAAAUGAUGAUAACUGUACGAGUUAUAUAUGCCAGGACGGAGAAGAUAUAAAUUUAGAGCCCCCCAUGAUUUCAAAUGUCGAUGAAUAUUUUGUUAAAAAUGACAACAGUGAGCAACAUAUACUGAAUGUUGAAGAGCCAGUCGUCAGAAAUGUUGAUGAAUAUUUCUUAGAUCUAGGCAACAACGUAACCGUACCAAAUGUUGACGAUUUUUUCAUUAAACAUAAAUUACCUGAAGAACAGUUUGAGUUACCUAACUCUUCCAAUAAAGUGGAACAUUUUUUCGUCACUGAUAGUGACAAACCUCAGGAAAAUGAUAAAGUUGUACCUGAACCACUUAGAUUAGAAACUGAGACAAAUGUUGCUGAUAUAUCAAUAAAUGAGUCAGAUCUGGCUGCUUUACCUAACAUUGAAGAUCUUAAAAGAUAUUUGAUUGAGGAUUUACCGUACACAAAAAUUAGGCAUAUCCAAAAAUCCUGUUCAGUCCCUCAAUCACCAAUGCAAAACAUUUGCAUGGACGUUGAGGACGCUAAAACUUGCCUGAGCUUUGAAGAUCUUAACCUAGAUCUUUCAGAUCUAGCAUUUGAAAAUGAAAAAUCGGGUAAAGCGAGCUGCAGUAACAAAACCGACGACGUGCCUAGAACUUUAACAGAUGAAGAUAUUAAUAGCUUCAUUUGUAAGUAUAACAAUACAGACCAUGCUAUUGUUAAACAGGAUGAAGAUGACUUAAGCCCUCAGGACAUGGAAAUUGAGGCAACCAUCAGUUCUGGGCCUCCAAUGAUAGACCCGCCUUCAAGCAGAAUGACGUCUACACCUAUACCGACUGUGUUAAAUUUCUGCAUAGAAAAAACUUCAAAAGAAGAUGCGACUCCAGUAAAAGAGUCAAAAAUUGAGUUUGAUGAUUUUGUGGACGUAGAGUCGUGCAGUGAUGCUGCAAUCCCUGUUUUAGAGGCGAACAAUUUAAGUUCGUUGUUAGAACAGUUUGAAGCCACCGAAAAAUUAAACACGAAGAAACGACCAGAGCCAGUCGAAGAUAGUAAAAUAAAGAGUUAUAAUAAAAAUACUUUGACGAAUGGAAUGCGAUUAAAAGAUGCCGGUAUGCAGUUAACUAAAAAUAGAAUGCGGCAAAUACUGAUGCCGACGCCGAUUAACUCCACCAUCAGUCGGUCUGAAAGCCCCGUGCACUCUGACCAUGACUACUGUUCGCCUAAAAAGCGGCACAGUUUACCUAAUCUGAAAAAAGGACAAAGUUUAUUAAAACCAGAAGUGUUAUCUAGCAACAACAAAAUAUUAAACUCAAGACAUAGAUCGUGUAAGAGCAAAAAAGUUGUUUACCAUCUCAGUAGUGACGAAGAAACUGAGGGAAAAAACUCUAAAAACAAAAAAGUUAGUAAGUGUAACGAUAUAGACUUUAAAAACAAGAAUAGUGCAAAGCCGAGUGUUAAGCCCCCUGUACAGUCGAACUGUCGUAAAAAACUUUCACCUACCCAUAGUGAUAGUGUUAAGAGUAAAAAUAAGACCAAUAAUUCUGUGAUGCUCAAAAGUGCUUUUAAAGCUAGUGAUAAUUGUAGUCAAAAUUCUAAUUCUAGUAUUAAGUUAACAAUUAAAAAUAAAUCUGAAGUUAUACUUAACUGUGAUUAUAUAGACUCUCAGAAAGACAAAACUAUAGAAGUGAAUUGUAAAAAUAGUAAUAAUUUGAAUACUAACAAUUUAGAGAAAAAAGACAAAAAUAUAAAUGAAUUAGGUAAAAAUGAAUGUAGAGUUGUAAAUACUUCCAGUGCUGUGGAAGACGAACCACACUCAAAGAGUGAAAACUUUUACACAGGUUUGUUUAACAAUAAAAAAGAAUUGCAGAUACCUAAACCAUUAGAACCCAAAAUUGAAAAGAGUCCUGUCGACCAUGAACUCAACAAAUGUAUGGAAGUAUCCAUUAAAAAAGAGGAGCAACCGUUAAAAAAAAAGAAGCUCAAUCUCCAAGAAUAUAAAUUAAGGAGAGGUGUUUCUUCAAACACUAGCUCUGCCCAAGUAAGCCCCGAGGCGAUAUUUCCUGAUAUGCCCAGCCCUGGGCUAGACAAAGCUGUCAAGUGUCCUAUAAUAAGAACGACGCCUAACGGAUUACUGAACACAGCCGAGAAGGUGAACAAUGAAGAAAAGUUCUUUGAUCCGAUAAAAGAGGCUUCUAGAAAAAUUUUAAUGAAUUCUAAAAAGCAAAAGGCUGAAGCUAUUAGAAAGAGAGACGAAGACAUAGUUAUGAGUAAGAUACCUAAAGUUGAAAACUUUCAAUUGCAACCUCUAAUUAGCGAUGCAGAAAUGUUGAAAAUUGUAGGAAUGACUAAGCCUGAAGAAAUGAAGUUACCCAUAGUCAAGGAGAAACCUCGGGUGCCAGCGAACUAUGAAGAAAUCAUUUUAGUUAGUAUUGGUAUAAACACUAACAAGGAUAUGUUUCAGAAGCCUGUAACUGUGUAUGGAAAGCCGAAUACAAUCUCUCCUAUAGCAGAUUCAAAAUCAAUAAUAAAUUUUAAGAUAAAAAAAUCGGAUCAUGUGUUAAAACAAAACGUAUUUGAUAUUAUGAAAAGAGAAAACAGAAUUCCCAUAGAGGAGAAGAAGCAUGAUGAUUUAAAAAUUAACAAGGAACGAUAUAGAGACAUUACAGCGGCGCUCAAAAGCGUUAAAAAGCAAGUUGACACUAAAAUAUCUAGCAACUCGCUAUUCGCUAGUAUUCAAGAUGUGGUUAUGAAGAAAGCCCCUGACAAUAUUACCGAGACACACGAUGACAGACAUUUGAAGUCAAAAUCUAAUCUCAUAGACAAAUGUGACCUCAAGUGCGCAAAGACCAAAAUAGUAAGAGAAUAUGACUCUCAAGCUGAACACGGAGAAGACAAGGUUAUCCUGCAUCUACGUAAGCACAGAAGUAAACCGAAAACUUCUAAUGUUCUCGUGCAAACAGACCAAAUACCAGAGUUUACAACACUGGCAGCUCAUAGCCUAAUCCAGGAAUUACCGUUAACGAGAAAGCGUAAUGACAGUGAUAUGUCUUUAUCUAGCGACGGCAGUCCUUCACGUAGAAAAGAGAUGGAACCACUACUCGUAAUAAGAUCACGGGAAAAGAUAAUCCAACCUAAAGAAGUACGCCCUGAUAGGAUUGAGAGAGAGACAAAAGAAAAACGGUCCCUAUCGAAAGAUCGAUACGAAUCGAAAUAUAGAUGUAGAUCAAGAUCCACUUCUCGUAGUUGCAGAAGACGGUCACGCAGUCGGACUCAGUCGAGAUCUCAUGGUCGAUACCGUAGAUACCGGCGAUCAGAUUCACCUUACAAGAGGAAACGUAGGUCAAGAUCACGAUCAUUUCAUAAGCGAAGAUCACCGUCUGUCAGACAUGAUCGGCCUAAAAUUUCUAAAUCUGGAUCCAGAACUCCUCCUCGACCAGCUAGGCCUGAGGCUAGGUCUAAGACUCCUGUGAAGAAAUUUAAACCAAAUUCUUUCUCCAACUCUGCGGAAAAGAAACCUAAGUCGUUAACUCCGCCGCUGAGGAAGCCGACGGUUUCCGAAAGCUCCGUUUCGUCGUCAAGCUCGUCUUCUUCGUGUUCGUCAUCGUCUUCGUCCUCGUCGCCGUCAUCGAGAUCUUCGAGUGGUUCGAGUAAGUCGCGGCGCUCAUGCAGCUCCUUCAAGCGAGAUGACAGUUACAAAAAUAAUUAUCGAGGAUAUAGUUCAGAGGAUAGAGAAAGCAACACCCCAGUAGAAGAGAGGCGGAUAGUGUUUGUGGGAAGACUAGAAAAGAAUAUUACCAAGGCCCACCUAAGGAAUUUGUUCUCGAAAUUUGGCGCUGUCAUGGAAGUGCGCCUUCACAGUAAAGAGGACGGUUCCCGGUACGGUUUUGUAACAUACCAACGUGCCCGUGACGCGUGGUCAGCUGUAGAGGCAGCCAACACCUUCCCUCAAUACGAUGUAGGGUUUGGAGGACGCAGAGCCUUCUGUAGACAAAGCUAUGCAGACCUGGAUGGUCUAGAAGCAAAGUACACAGAGAGUGCUUACCACGGUGCUGUAGCAGCACCGGUAGUUCGAAGGAAUGACGAUAUGCCCUUCGACCAGAUGCUUCUUGAGAUGAAGCGAAAGCUCAACGAACUGAAAAAUGAUAAAAAACGCGAAGACUGA